CCUCCAUUCCCGAUCCGAACACAAACCCAGGCAGGGUAUGGCGGAAGCUACAUCUUUCCCGUCGAUCCCACCGCUUGCAACACUCUCGUCAGCCGGCCCACUGACAUUGAAGGGGAAGUGGGAAGGGGAGUUCUCCCGCUUUUUCGUCAUCCCCCGGCGGCAGUCCGGCACCGUCGAUAACGUCCUCCGACAGCCUUCCAACUGCGCAGUGCUCAACAACAGAGGUACCUGGCUCACUGCAUCCUCGACGGCGACCAUCCUCAUUGUCAAGGCGAGCUCCUCCAAUGACUCCGUGCUCUCGAUCUCCGUUUCUGGCUACGUUCACGAAGAGCAUAUAGUUUCCAGUCUCAACUUAACGUGGCCUCAAGUUCACUGUGUGCCUCAGUGGCCAAUUAGAGGCAGCAGACUGGUUUUUAUGAGUUAUAGGGAUUGUUCAAAUCAGAUCCAGAAAUUUGCGGUGAGAUUUUCUACGUGUGCAAAUGCAGAAACAUUCGUAUGCUAUUUUAAGGCCUGUUCAAGCGAUAACAUGAAUUUUACACAUCCAGCAAAUUAUUUUUUGUGUGAUAGCUCCUCACCAUCAGAAAUGAUCGCCUCAAAUGCACUCCAACAUAAAUUUAAUGAUGGCGAGAGCUAUGAAGAAGCCAUAACAAGGGAUAUGCCUUCCCCAGUUUUUAGCCAGAAUGAAAUACACCAUCCUUCUCUUCUUGUCAAUAGCAGUAACGCAAUAGUUUCUAGCUUUCCCCCAAGUUUUACAGAGCAACUGACCAAUUGUUCAAAAUAUCCGCCGCAUGAGAUCAGCAAGCAACUGGAAGAAUCUGAUCAUACACUUGGGAGUGGGGAAAGUGCUAUGCAUUUAUCACCUCAGCAUGUUACCGAGCAACUACUUGAGGGAGUAGAUCUCUUUCUCCUUGUUGAUAGAUGUCUUUUACUUUUUAUUUUUGGUUCUGUAAAGCCAUUACUUCCGGUUGAAAAGAUACUGUAG